CAGUACCUAGCGGCGCCUAUAGGGCUCUUCAGUGAUGUCACGUGAUUUUUAAGAAGCGGAGCGGCUGAGGCGCGCCGCCGAGGACUGGGCUGGGGGCGGUGUCUUCGCAGCCAGUCCACAGAUAGACAGAGGACGCGUACGUGUGGCUUCUUCUCAAUUGUGUACAGCGAUUCCGGCAUCGUUGAAUAGGCAGAACAGAGACAUCCAUCCCAGGCAUGGCUACAGGGGGGAGAGUGCGUUCCACACGGAAGCUGCGGUCCUGGAUUGUGGAGCAAGUCAGCAGCGGCCGGUACCCGGGUCUCGUUUGGGACGACACCGCCAAGACCAUGUUCCGCAUUCCUUGGAAACAUGCCGGCAAGCAGGACUUCAGGAGCGACGAGGAUGCUGCCAUUUUCAAGGCAUGGUCCGAAUUUAAGGGGAAGCUCUCCGAUGAAGGCCGUGCAGACCCUGCCUCCUGGAAGACACGCCUCCGCGUUGCCCUCAACAAGAGCUGCGAGUUCCGCGAGGUCAGCGAGAGGUCUCAACUGGACAUCUCUGAGCCGUACAAGGUGUACCGCCUGGUGCCACUGUCCGAGCAAGGGAUGGUAGAAAACAAAAAGAAGACAGGAGAGGGGAAAAGGAAGAGGGCCCAGUGUGGCAGAGAGGAUAAAGCGAUCAAGGUGUUAAAAGAGGAUGAGGCUGCCAUCCAGCCAAUCAUCACAUCUGUCCAGCAGGGGGAUGGUGAUGAUGACGAUAGCCCACAGACGGAGCAAAGCGAUUCAGUGAUUGUCCUGAAAAACACAGAUCUGGUCAAUGAGCUCCAGGUGAACUUGAUGAUUGAGACGGCGCCUCCUCUUGGAGGCCAACCAUCUCUCAUCAUCACCCUUUACUACUUGGGCCACGAGGUCCUGAAGCGCGAGAUCUUUGGGAAUGAUGUGCGGAUCGCCUACUUCCCUUCUUCUCACAGUACCUCGGCCAACCUGGGUUCGGUGGGCAUAGAGCGCAUCGCCCUGCCCAAGCCCCCACCUGCCCUGUUCACGGGCAGGAAGCAACAGGCUUUUGCCUCCUUGCUGCCGUACAUGGAGAAAGGUGUGAUGCUGGGCUCCACCAAACUGGGCAUCUAUGCCAAGCGCUUCUGCCAAGCCCGGGUGUUUUGGACCGGGCCGCACACUUCCGAGUCAGGCCCACACAAACUGGAGUGUACAGACCACCCAGUCAUGCUGUUUAGCCGACAGGCCUUUCAGCAGGAGCUAGCGGUGUUCAGCCACAGCGGAGGAACGCCACCGGGGUGUGGGGUCACCCUGUGUUUCGGGGAAGAGCUGUCUGACGCGGAUGACCUCUCCAGCAAACUCAUCACUGUCCAGAUCUCCCUGCCGUGGGCCAUGCAGACCAUCCAGCAGGCCCAGUCUGUCCAGAACUCGCUGGCUAUCAUCCAAGACCUGACCAGUCAAUCUCCGCUCGGCGAAGUCACUCUCAGCCUGGUGCCAUUCCCGUGAGAAGACACUUCUGGCAGCAGUGGAAUGGGGUUUCAUGGUGUCUGCCCAAUUUCUGACUGGAAUAUCAAGGCUGGGGACCUGGCACACCCGUACCGCCCCACCUGAUGGCCCUACCACAAGAAAAACCCUGCUUUCCAUUAUUCCAAACUAUUUACUACAGGAUCGCUGGAAUGAUACACAUUGAGAUCUCAUAAGGGCGCCCCCCCCUCACAAAAGACAUAGUGUACGCAAUCUGCUGUCAUGGAGAAUGCGCAGAAUGUUGUCCUUUUGAGAUCAGAGGGUUUCGCAUCCCAGCAGGACAUCAUCCUCCAGUAGAAGGACAACAUCGAAGGACUACCUGAAUCUGAAUGCUCAGCCUGCUGGAGGAGGGAAACCCACAGCCUGGCUGUGUGCUACGAGGUCUCGACCCAUUAGGGAAACCAUCAUACUAGUGAAUUAAACAACCUCAGCACUUGCAUGAUACUUUAUCUGUAAUGUAGUAUGUUUAUUUUGUAGGAUAUUAUCAAGAUUAGUCUGGCCAGAUUUAGCUUUUCAAAUAAAACUCACGUAAAACCACUCAUAUGAAGUAGAAUGGAAGAUACUUUGUGCUAGGCUCUGAGAUGAAGGCCCAGAUGGGACAGGGAAUGAGAAAGUCCUGCAGGUCCACCAGCAGGGGGCAUCAAGUUUUGUGUUCUGUGGGUUCCCGCACUACUUGACGCCACAAGCAUGGAGGCUGCCGUUUCGCGGCUCUGGAGUGCGACCCUGCGAUGCCCAAGUUGCCGAUAUGCUGGGGACAGAGCCAUGACCACCAUGGACGCAGGCUGGCAAACUAGGCGAGGAGACCCAAGGAGAGGGCGACUGCGAUUGAAGCGUUUUGCUAACAGUCGUGUGCAAGUCAUACAAGCUGUUUGCAUGGUAUUUUGCAGUGCAGUGUGGUGAAAGAAUAAAGAAAAACCUGCACAUGAUCAUUUUAUCAUUGAAUAUUGCAUGCAAGUGACGAAUAAGCGUAAGUUGGAAGUUACGUGGAAAUGAGGGGAAAAGAGAUGUAAGUAGUGGAGCAAAAAAUAAGCAGAUGGAAUUAUUUUUGUAUCUCAAUUACAUUAAAUGCAUUAAUGAAUACUUUUUCUUGCUUGCAUCGCGGUUUUUCUGCAUAGGAUAGCAUACAUGCAUUCGUCUAAUAUACCCCAUGCCUGCGGUGAGGCUUGCCAGCGCUAAUUAGCGGAGUAGCGUUACGUCGUUUCUUACUCUGUGGAAAACAAAAGAUCGAUCUGCUCGCCAGAUUUAAUAAAGAAUUUUAAACAAAUCUAAUUUGUACUGUACCGCACCAUCGAUCACCCCAAUACUUAACAAAAUGACGUGUUCACCAUUCCAUUAUUUUGGGAUGGUGAUAUUGUGUCGUAUGAAAUAAAUUCGAAAUUUAUCUUACGAGUUUUUUUUUUGCGUCUUUCUUGCUUAUUUGGCAUGAAAGUCACAGUUCCUUUUAUGCGGUGGGAAAGCAACACGCAAAAGUUGACUUUCAAGGCGGCCCAGCAUCUCGGGACCAGGAGUUAGGUUCCUGAACUUGGAUAGGGAAGUGCCUAUUCAUUCAUAAUUUAAAUAGAGGACUAUUUCAAGUACACAAUCUGGACCAGGAUAAGUGGUUAAGGGAUGGAUUUUUAUCAGUAUGGGUUAUCAUUUCAGAGUAUUUACAGUGUCACGCUUGUAAUUUAUAUCAUUUUAAUCAGCAUCCUAGGUAAUAAGUUGUGAAUUCAGUAUGUAUGUAACUGUAUAGAAAUCACUUGUAAUCUGUAACUGUUUCAACUUCCUUUUGCUAAAAACAGAACCUUUUGAAUAAUCAACAGGAUUACGGAAACCUAAGCAUCAACCUAAGCAUGGGAAGAGUGCAACCAAGCACCACUGGGGAGUGUCAAGGAGACACUCUUAUUUCUCAUAAGCACUUUAGCGUGGUUAGGAAACACUGUGGUGUGGUUUCACUGAUCCCGUCACUUGUACACUGGUUCUCAGAUGGUUUUUUGCAAGGGAAGAAACAUUAUAUAUAAAGAGCUGUCUAUAUUAUGUGUACUUUUUAAAGAAUAAAUCUACUACAAUUAAA